AUGGGCAGCAGAGAGCGUUGGAAGAGGAUGGGCGGCCGACAGCGUCAACAAUGCCGACUCGGACCGCUGGGUGAUGCCAUGUCCGCUGAAACAGUGCCGUGGGAUCUGUUAGCGCAGCUCGUACCGGCGACUGCUGCGCCCGCGCGGAAUUUCUUACUGCCUCAACACCCUCUGCUUCUGCCGUGCUACUCACUCUUGCAACUCGACAUUCAUCGACGCUUCAUCGCAAACCCGCCGUCUACUCUGCUUUCCUCCUCGCCUGUGGUGGGCGAAGCACCAGUGCACGUUAGCUCGUCGACUGGCUUCCUGCAUAUUGGUGUGGUAGUUUAUUACUAG